AUGAUCGCCUCUGCUUUCCCCAUGGCAACAGGUUUUCUGCAUUUGGGUGGCCUUCGGACUGCUUUAUACAAUUACAUCUUUGCCAGAAAACACCAGGGGACCUUUGUUUUGAGAGUGGAGGAUACAGAUCAGGAUCGAGUGGUGCCUGGAGCUGCGGAAGGAAUAGAAGAUAUGCUGGACUGGGCAGGGAUUUGUAUCCCCCCCGAUGAGAGUCCUCGCCGCGGCGGUUCCUUUGGACCCUACCAGCAGUCGCACAGACUUGACCUUUAUAAGAGAGCCACCGACGUGCUUCUGGAGAGAGGCGCAGCAUACCGCUGCUUUUGUACCCCUCAGCGCCUGCAGCUGCUGAAGAAGGAGGCUUUGCGGAGCCAGCAGACCCCGCGGUACGACAACCGGUGUCGGCACCUGACACCCACGGAAGUGUCGGAGAAGCUGUCCCAGGGCCUGGACUGGGUAGUCCGUUUCCGACUGGAGAAGGGGGUGGAACCCUUUCAGGACCUGGUCUAUGGCUGGAACAAGCACGAGGUGGCGGAUGUGGAAGGCGACCCAGUGAUUCUCAAGGGCGACGGCUUCCCCACUUACCACCUGGCAAACGUGGUGGAUGACCAUCACAUGGCCAUCAGCCACGUUCUGCGGGGAACCGAGUGGCUGACUUCGACCUCCAAGCACCUCCUUCUCUACAGAGCCUUUGGCUGGGAGCCCCCCCAGUUUGGUCACCUCCCACUGCUUCUGAACAAAGACGGCGGCAAGCUGUCGAAAAGGCAGGGGGACGUCUUUCUGGAGCGUUUUGCUGAGGACGGCUACUUGCCAGAGGCGCUGCUGGACAUCAUAACCAACUGUGGCUCUGGAUUCGCAGAGAAACAGAUGGGGAGGACUUUGGAGGAGCUGAUCUCGCAGUUUGAAGUAGGCAGAAUUACAACCCAUUCUGCCCUCCUGGAUCUUGAAAAACUCACGGAAUUCAACAGGAUCCACCUCACCCGUCAGAUUGAGCAUGAAGGGCAGCGACAGAAGCUAAUUAGAGAGUUGCGGUUGCUGGUGGAACACGUCUACGGGGAUCAGCAAGUGGAUCGAGAGGUUCUAGAAAAGGAGUAUGUGGAGCGAGUACUCCUACUGAGAAAAGGUCACAUAAGUCUCCUGAAGAAUCUGGUGUCAUCUGACUAUUCUUACUUAUGGGUCAGGCCCUCGGUGUCCCGAGAGCAGCUACGCACUGUUUCUGCAGAAGCAGAUGAAAUAGGAAGGCUCGUCUCAGGGCUCAUGACUGGGCAGGCAGCAGUUCUGACUGUGGAGGAGUUGAACAAAGACCUGAGAAGGCUCCAGGAGCAAACCAAGGAGACUAAGUACAGCAGCAUGAUGAAGCUUCUUCGCUUGGCUCUCAGUGGGCAGCAGCACGGGCCGAGCGUGGCGGAGAUGAUGGUGACUUUGGGACCCCAGGAGGUGUGUGGAAGAAUACGCAAGGCCCUGUCCAGCUGA